AUGUAUUCCGUGGAAACCCCGUUUUUGAUUGAGUUGUGGCCAUUAUUUGAUGCUGCUGUUACUAAGGCAUCUGGAGGCCGCUUCGUGCCCUCGCAAUUUGAGUUCGUGCCCCACCAGACGGCUUUUUCGUCCUUCCCUGUUGUUAUUGGAGCCAUCGCCGUAUACUAUACGGUGAUUUUUGGCGGCGACUACAUCUUCAAGAAAUUCAAAAUCAAGCCUUUUGUGUUAAAUGGCUUGUUUCAGAUUCAUAACUUGUUUCUUACAACCUUGUCGCUCACUUUGCUCGUGUUGAUGUGUGAAGAGCUCAUUCCCAUGAUUUACAAGUAUGGUCUCUUCUACGCUAUCUGCAAUCGUAACGCCUGGACCCAGAAAUUAGUUACCUUGUACUAUUUGAAUUACUUGACCAAAUUCUGCGAGUUCAUAGACACUGUUUUCUUGGUUGUCAAGCAGAAAAAAUUGACGUUCUUGCACACUUACCACCAUGGUGCUACUGCUUUGUUGUGUUACACCCAGUUGAUUGGCUUGACGCCGAUUUCGUGGGUCCCAAUCACUUUGAAUUUGUUUGUGCAUGUUGUGAUGUACUGGUAUUACUUCUUGGCCGCCAGAGGUAUCAGAGUCUGGUGGAAAGAGUGGGUCACCAGGCUUCAAAUCAUUCAGUUUGUCUUGGACUUGGGCUUCGUGUACUUUGCUACGUACCAAAAAAUUGCGCAUGUCUACCUUUCUAAAUUGGGUGACUUUCCUUACUGUGGUGACUGUGCCGGCACCAUGCUCGCUGCUUUCUCUGGAUGCGGCAUUUUGUCUUCCUACCUUGUCUUAUUCAUUGCGUUCUACAUUCAUGUUUACAAAAGAAAGGCUUCCAAAAAGGCCAAGGAGGUCAAAGCAGUCCCAGGCGGUGUCGCUGCUCAGGUGAAUGCGUACGUGCAUGCCAGCGGUAAGUCCAACUCUCCUGCACCAGAAGGUCUCCGUAAGAGAAACUAA